AUGCGCACCAAGAGUGACUUAAAGGCAGGUUUCGAAAUGACAGAGAGUGGGAAGUGCGCAUUCGUGUUGGGCAUCGAGCUGGUGGACAACGACAACGGUAGCGUGACGAUGUGCCAGCGACGCUACGUGGAAGAUGUUCUCAAGCGUUUUGGCAUGAGCGACUGCAAAGCCGUCACCAGCCCAACAGACAUCAGUUCUCGACUCAUACCAAGUACCGCAGCAACUAAAAUCGACGCCCCGUUUCGUGAAGCAGUAGGCGCUCUGAUGCACUUGAUGACCGCGACACGACCGGGCAUUGCCUUUGCUGUGAGUUACGUUUCGCGCUUCAUGGAAAACCCCCAAGUCGAGCAUUGGAUGGCGGUCAAGCGCAUUUUGCAAUACUUACAAGGGACUAAGUCGCACGGUAUCUGUUUCAAGCCUGAUGACAAGAUAGACUUCUGUGGCUACUCGGAUGCAGACUGGGCCGGCGACCAUGCAGACCGCAAGUCGACUUCAGGAUAUGCGUUUAUCCUGAUGGGUGCUCCGGUGAGCUGGGGAAGCAUAAAGCAGUCAAGUGUGUCGCUGUCAACAAGUGAAGCUGAGUACAUUGCACUAAGUCUGGCGAUUCAAGAAGGCAAGUGGGUGCAUCGAUUGCUGUGCGAGAUUCUGGAUGCCGUAGAGGACAAGUCUGGACCCGAGCUCAAGAUCAUGGAAGACAACCAGUCGUGCAUCAAGAUGACGAAGAAUCCUGUGAACCAUGGUCGGGCCAAGCACAUCGACAUCAAGUACCAUCACAUUCGUGAUGAAGUCAAGCGUGGUGAUGUCAAGUUGGAGUACUGCGAGACUAAGAUUAUGUUGGCGGACAUCAUGACGAAGGGACUGACAGGACCGCGUCACAAGGACUUGACGGCAGCGCUCGGCAUACACGCGUGUUCGCAUUGA